AACGAGAUUUUUAAAGUUUGGAUUCAGGGAUUUUGCAAAGAGGCUGCUCAGAUGAGUCUGCAAGCUCAGGGUUCAGUUCUGGAGAUGCAUUUCCCCUUGUUCUUUUAGGGGACAGCAAAACCCAAGGAUUUGAAUUCAGCAUCUUACAGACGCCUUACUGGCAGACCUGGAAUCCACCACCUCACAUAUCUCCAAACGACCGGUGUUUCUAACAGAGGAGACGCCUUACUCCUAUCCAACUGGAAACCACACAUACCAGGAGAUUGCUGUGCCACCUCCAGUGCCCCCACCACCUUCCAAUGAGGCCCUGAAUGGCACUGUGAUUGACCCCUUAGACCAGUGGCAACCCAACGUAUCCAGAUACGUCCACCAGCAACCUCAGUCCCAGUCUCCUAUAUACAGCUCUAGUGCCAAAAGCUCCAGUGCCUCCAUUCCUAGAGACGGGCUCAGCUCUCCUUCUCCACGUGCCAGUGAAGAGGAACACGUCUACAGUUUCCCGAACAAGCAGAAGUCUGCAGAACCAUCUCCCACAAUGACCAGCUCCUCUUUGGGCAGCAACCUCUCAGAACUGGACAGACUUCUUCUGGAACUGAAUGCUGUUCAACAUAAUCCUGCUAGUGGCUUCCCAGCAGAUGAAGCCAGCAGAAGCCCAUCACUGCCCAGCGUGACUGGACCUCACUAUGUCAUCCCAGAGAGCAGCAGCUCUGUGGGAGGGAAGGCUGCACCCCCUACAAAAGAAAAGCCAAAGCGAAAUGGUGCACGUGGGAUCGAAGAUGUGCGUCCCAGUGUGGAGAGCCUGCUGGAUGAGCUGGAGAGCUCUGUGCCAAGUCCAGUCCCUGCAAUCACUGUGAGCCAAGGUGAGGUGAGCAGCCCUCAACGGGUCACCGCCAGUCAGCAGCAGACCCGUAUAUCUGCUUCUUCAGCUACACGAGAACUGGAUGAGCUGAUGGCAUCUCUCUCUGACUUUAAGACUAGUUCCACUAUGUCUCUGAUUUCUGAACCCUUCCUAGAACCGGUUCCCAGUUCAGCAAAUGCAGACUCCAGCAACGCUCCUCACAGCUUAACAGUGCUUUCCCAUUCCAAACACCCUUCUGCAAGUCACAGUGGGGACUCGGCAGUGCCAACAUCUGCCCCCUCAGCAGUCCUCUGCAUUGAGGAAGGCAGUAACACUGUAGUUCUGCCUACUUCAGGGCAUUCUGCCUCUCUUCCACAUAUGCCCUGUUUGCCACAAAUGGUCCCUGUGCCCCCACCACGAGUCUCUUCUGGUUCUGCUACUUGUGGGGAGCAGAUGAACUCUGCAAGCCUGGUUCAGCUGAGCAGAAAGCCUGACUCUUCUAGAAACGUUUUCCAGGCUGUGCCAGCUUCCAGUGUGGAGCUUCUGUGUAGAUCUGCUAGUGUGGAGGCACAAGGCCUAGAGAACAAUUUGGCAAAAGAGACUGAGAAGAAGGAGCAGAGCACUGACCCCAAAAUCUCAAGUGUACCCAUUUCAAACACUUUAAAUGGUCAAGGGAAGGGGCAGAUACCUAAAGAGCUGGAUCAGCAGGGAGCGUUCAGGGACAAUUCAGCACUUCAUUCCCAGGCCAGAAAUGUGGAAACAGCUUUAGAUGAGCUGUGGGCCCUGGAGCUGUCUGCACACGUGCCAGAGGUACAUGCAAAGAAUGACAGUGUUUUAAAUCCUGUGUAUGAACCUUCUGUUGUGGCCCUGGAUCGGUGGGAUGUCUUCCCAGACACUAAAAACCCAUUGGGCUUUGUAGUGGAGCAAGGACGGGAGCUAAAAGCUCAAGUGCCGCAUGAAACCAAGGUAGAUGGCUGUCCUGAUCUGGUCAAGAAGAGGCAGGGCAGAGAGAGAACUCUUAGGAAGGCAAGUACUGCUAACAUGAACAAAGCUGGAGGAGCCCAAGAAAAUGAGCAGUUCAGAAGCUCUGCAGCUGCUCCAGAAUCUACUGAAAACAUUUGGAAAGCUGAAUGGGAUCUGCCAUGCAUCUCCAAACCACCCAUUGAGAGGAUAUCUGCAUCAGGCCAGAUUAAAUCUUUAAUCAAGAGGACAAAAGAGACUGCGAAUGUGCAUCCAAUGUAUCGUGAACUCUCUCCAAGGCGUAAACUAGGUCCUGCCAUAUUUCACAAGACUGAGUCCCAAGAUCGCUUGAUUGAAGAGCUGCAGGACAGACUGGGCAUCGCUAAACAGGAACAGGAAGAACGGAAAAGCCAGGAUGACUGGCUGACAGAGGGGGUCAUUAUCACUGCCAGACCCCAGGGGGAAGAGCACAAUGGUGGACAGCAAGUAGAGAAGGUGGUUUUUCCUCCAGAAUCCCCGCUCCCCCCAAGGAGGACGGUCUCUGUUACAGCCUCUCCCCAGCUCCAGCCUUCCAAAGAAGCUGCAAAGACAGUCCCUGCUAACGCUGCUCCCUCUCAUGUCUCUGGCCCUGUGCCUCUCCUCCCACUCCCACCUCAGCCUUCCCAUGUGCCAUCUACCCCAGCUCCUAGUCCAGUCUCCUCCUCUUCCUUCACCUUGGCUCCCCAGCCUCCCUUCCAGUGGGAAACUUCUGAUGAUGAUUAUCAUGAGCUUUCUGUUGUGGGCACCCCUCCUGAAGAUCCUAGGCAUUCCUGUUCUCCCCAGACCUGGACCCCUAGCACCAAGACAGUUUCUGUUGGCUGUCAAACUGAAGAUGAUGCUUUCUUCCCACAGAUGCAGGUGACCUCUGCUCCUCCCCUGGUCCACAGUGCCAAUCUGCUGGCUGCUCGUGCACCCCUGGGCCCCCCCGCCCCUGAGAAGUUCAUGGCGCAGGGGAAAGCCGGGAGCAGCUCCCCUCCAUCCACAGCCUCCAAGCCUGGCAGUCAGCUGGACACCAUGCUGGGAAGUCUCCAGUCUGACCUGAACAAACUGGGUGUAGCUACGGUUGCCAAAGGUGUCUGUGGAGCCUGCAAGAAGCCUAUUGCUGGGCAGGUAGUUACAGCCAUGGGGAAAACCUGGCACCCUGAGCACUUCGUCUGCACCCACUGCCAGGAAGAGAUCGGGUCACGUAACUUCUUUGAGCGGGAUGGUCAGCCCUACUGCGAGAAGGACUAUCACAACCUCUUCUCCCCUCGCUGCUACUACUGCAACGGGCCGAUCCUUGAUAAAGUGGUGACGGCUUUGGACAGGACAUGGCACCCUGAACACUUUUUCUGUGCCCAGUGUGGAGCUUUCUUUGGACCUGAAGGAUUUCAUGAGAAGGAUGGCAAAGCCUAUUGCCGCAAAGACUACUUUGACAUGUUUGCUCCUAAGUGUGGAGGCUGUGCCCGGGCUAUCCUGGAGAACUACAUCUCUGCCUUGAACACCCUGUGGCACCCUGAAUGCUUUGUCUGUCGGGAAUGUUUCACACCGUUCAUCAAUGGCAGCUUCUUUGAGCAUGAUGGGCAGCCCUACUGCGAGGUGCAUUACCACGAGCGUCGUGGCUCGCUCUGCUCCGGUUGCCAGAAGCCUAUCACAGGACGCUGCAUCACUGCUAUGGGCAAGAAAUUUCACCCCGAACACUUUGUCUGUGCCUUCUGCCUCAAGCAGCUCAACAAAGGAACCUUCAAAGAACAGAACGACAAGCCCUACUGCCAGAACUGCUUUCUCAAGCUCUUCUGUUAGAGGCAUCAUAGAUGGGCGCUAAGCAUCUUUCUGCCACCCCCUUGGCAGUUCUGUCUCUCUGAACAUUACUGUGAUUUAGAAACGUUACCAGGCAGGGGAGGAGGGUGGGGUGGGGGUGGGGUGGGAGUGCUUUCUGCUGCUAUGGAGAGGCAGUAGAUCCAGAGAUGAGACGGACCAUUAAACUGGAAAUGCCCUUGCUGUGUCUCAGUAGAGAGAGGCUGAGUCCCCUCAUUACGGUGUGCGUGUCUGUGUGUGUGACUGACAGCUGAGCUUAGCUUGAGGGCUCCAACAGGGAGAUUUUACCCAGCCCCCUCCUGGCAGAAGGAAUCUUUGCCAGUACGUUUCAGCCUGUGUCAGCUCCCUGAGCGAAUCGUGACAGUUGCAGACAACACAGCCCUCUGCUUUGACACCUCUUUCUCAGGCUUUUGUCUGCAUGUGUGCAGUCUGAGCAAUAGCACAGCGAGGGCACCCUGUGAUCUCUGUGCCACCCUGGCUCCACUCACUAGAGCCACGUGGCGUGUGUGACUUACUGAGAUCAGAGCAUCAGCACAGGCAGCCAAGACCCUGCAAGGGUCUCUCCAGUUCCAUUACACUGUAAGGAGAUGAUACCACUUACUUUUUUUUUUCUUUUCUUUUUUUUUUUUUUUUUUUAAAGAGGAAUCAAAAUGUUACUGUGUGGGGCUUUUUUUCCCUGGUUUGUUAUUCCCUGCCUUUUCUCAACACACUGGAGCAGGAGGUGGAGUUGCCCUGACCAUCCCUCAGCACUGAUGUGCGCUCCUGUGGGUGACAUCCUAUGCCAGGCACCUCCGUCAGCACCCAGGCCUGCUCAGGGCAUCUGCUCCCCUUGCCUGCUGCUCCCGGGAGAGAGGAAGAGACAUUGUCCCUUCUUUAAAAGCAGGUGCAGAGAGGUUAGAGCACAGCCUUUUUCAUCCAUCCCUGUCAUGAGCGAGUGUGACGUGUGUGUGUUUAUCCGGCCUGAAACUCUCCCAUCUAUCGGGGCCUGAAACUGUCACAAGAGCGGGGAGAAGUGGAGGGGUUUAAGAAGCCAGGAAAAAAAAAGAUCCAAACUUUAUAUCCUUUCUUCUUCCUCUCUUUGCUAAUGAGACCUGUCAGCCCCUUGGUAUUUCCCUUUUCUGUGCUCUUGUUAAACACGUUCUACUGAGAGAUGCUAGAGCAAUAACCUUUUAUAUUGACUGUUACUGGUAUAACGAGUCUCUUGGGUCAGGUGUGUGUGACGCACUUGGAGUUUUACUAUCAAAGUGAAUACUGUAUCCUGUCUUUGAUAAGAACUGUAGAUUUCUACACUGAUUUUGAAUUCAUACCUAAUUUACUUUUAAUCCUCUUAUACAGAAAUCGGUUUUGAAGUGAUUUUAAGAAAGCAACUUUUAUAUCAAGCUGUGCUGUUCUAGGCAGUAUGCCAGUUGUGCUGGUUUACUGAAUCUGUAACCUCAAUGCUUUGUUAAGCCUAACUAACAUUCAAUAUUUUCUUUUUAUUGUGGGUUGGGAGGGGCUGGAAUCUAUGGGGAAGGGAAUGUGACUUGUAUUUUUUUUUUUUUUCCUAGCACAGGCAGGUGAACUGUGAAUAGCUUUUUUUUUUCUCCCCCCCCCCCCCCCCUCCACCCCCAGGUCACCUAAAAGUGUGUUUUUUGGUUUUUAUUGUAACCUGUAAACUGCUGUAAUUGAAUCACCUGCCAUUCUCCCAAAGCCCAGCUUCCAGGAUGUUACAGUGAGUCUUAAUAUGAUGCUGCAGGGGGGAAGAGCUCAGACCUUGGCCCUCAGUUUCUCCUCUUCAGCCACCUGAAAACAGAGCAGGGCUAAUUGGGGAAGGGGUUCCUUUUCUACUGUGGAAGAAAGGUCUUGUGACAAAGGAGAAGAAACUGGGAGAGACAGACUCUGUUCCUGACUAGCUGUGUAACUUUGGGCCAGUCACUAAACCUUACCGUGCCUCAGUUUCCCCAUCUGUAAAAUGGGGGCAGUUUAGCCUGGAUUUGUGAGGUUAUUGUGAGGCUUAGUUCACGUUUGCUAGAGCACUUCUAGGUCUCUGGCUGGAGGGUGCUAUGGAAGGUGAAAUACUACGUUGAAAUACCUGACGGUGUUCUGUGGUAACAGCCGAAGCAGCCCAGGGAGCGGUGUUUGGAAUUACUCCUCCAGAGUGGUACAGCAAUUAUCACCAUCGACAUCUGGUUGUGCUUUUCAGCUUGGCAGGUGCAUUAGGGGUCCGGGGGCAACUGUGUCAGAAACCAGCCCAACCUUAGGCUAGAAUCUGCGGGUUACUGUCCUGCAUAACCUUGCUGCGGUGCUUUUCUGCCCUGCUUGGGUCACUGAAACUGUUUUUCACCGGUUUCCCCAUACAAAUGAACCUCAGUUUGUGGUUGUGAGACCGAAGAUAGCUGUGCAAGGAAGCACUAGAGCUAAAGCUGUGUCAGCUGGGCUGAGCGCAGCUCUUGAAGAGCUUGUGAGGCAAGAAACCUUAAUGCGUUUGUCUUUUCAUCUUGAAAUCGAUUUGACUUAAAAGGGACGUUUCUGAGCUGCGAGUGUUUGUCUUGCUGAAAAUGUCAACUUCUUUCAGCCCUGCUAAAGAGGAUGAAAAGCUGUUGUGGCAGGAGUACCAGAGGGGGACGAGAAGAUGCUUCUGGCACUACCACUUGUUGAGUGGCACCUGCAGACUGUGUAAUCAUGUGCCUCAGUUUCCCUGUCCGGGGAGUCUUUAACCUACCUCACUGCUAGUUGAGGCUUGCGUAAGUGACGCUUCUGGCACGCGUGGAAAACCCUGGGUGCAGGGUUCUGCGGAGGGGUGCUGGUGGUGUGCAGCGCCGAAGGGGAGGCUCGUCUGUCGUCAGUGCUUAACGGAGAUCGUUAAACACUUACCUCCCGAGCAAGAUGUUGAGCGUGUCCUGGAUUUAUCUGGUUUCUGACGUGCUGGGGUGCUACAUGGAUGCUACUCUGCCAAAUAAUGACUUCUGGUGGCCGUUGCCGCUGUGGGUGUCCAAAAUGCCUGUAAUUUGAUUUCGGAUGCAGUUUUAGGGUAGCACAGCCAUGGCGCUGAGUGAGCGGCCCGGGAGGGUGGCGUGUGGGGUGAGACGGGGUGCGAGGGCUGGGGACAGUGCCGGAGGAGGAGGGACCUGCGCCAUGGGGUGUCCCCAGGGUGGGGAGAGGAGAGGAGACGGGUGGGGGGGCUGCCGUGGCAGGCAGCUCCCGCGUGGGUUUUGUCUUUAAAGGCCUCAGCUCUGUGCGCAGCCCCCCCGGACCUGGGGAGGGUCUUUCACACCACGUCCGGGCUGGGCUGGGGGAUGCUCCGCUGGGUCGACAGUUAAUUUUUGAUAUCUUUUCUCCCUUGUAAACUGCUAACUCCGCUUUCUUUUUUUUUCCAUUUAAAAUUCUUGCAGUUACGCUAAUAAAAUUUUUACCGUUA